AUGGGAGAAUCAUUGCGUCAAGUAGAACGUUUGCUCGUUCACAAUUACUCAUCCGUAUCUAUGCCCUUCGCUGCGCAAGGUCUUGUGCUUUGUCAUGUUCAUCAUCUUCGAUCAUGUUCCUUAUAUUUACCAAGUAAAAAUAAUUUACGGAAUCGUUUUCUGGAAGACCUCAGGGAUCUAGAUGAUCCUAAUAUGACAGUACAACAAAAAAUUUUGACUUGCGAGCGUAUGCGGUGGUGUUGGGCAUUUUUGAACGGUGAAUAG